CCUCCCCCUCCGCAGCAGAAACCACGUGACGUCUUCAGAUUGACAAAGAUGAACAUGGCGACGAGGAAUUCAUAGAAAUCCGUUUUCCGAAGCGAUUUAAAGCUCCGACGGGCGACUUAAUCCGAUUCUACACCCGAGUCCGCGCUCCAGUAGGAAGGACAAAGCGGAGCCGACAUGGAGAACUGCAGCUUCCAGGCGCAGCUGCUGUCCGUCAUGGAGAUCCUGGCCCGGGCGGCGGUGGCUGAAAUCAACCGGCGGGUGGACGACGGCUGCGCGGUGCUGCGGCUGGAGGUGAGCCGCAGCCGGCGGGACAUCGAGGCGCUGAAGAAGAAGUGUGACACGAUGGAGGCCGAGCUGAGGAGGACGAGGAUGAGAGCCCGGAGGAAGGUGUUUUAUCCUCCAGCAGCUGAGCGAUGUGCUCCUCUCGUCAAACUAGUUUUGAACAAAGACAGAGAGAUCACGGUUUGGGAUGGCUCAAUGGACGCGGUCACGCAAAGUCAACAACCCCCACAGUGCACAGACUUGGAGCCUGCUCAUGAAGCUGAGGUGGUACAGAUUAAAGAAGAGACCGCAGAGGACGAGGACACCUGGAGGAACCAGCAGGAGGACAACACGAUCUCUGAAGCCGUGCAGCCGCCAUGUUUUGAUGUUUCACAACCUGCUCAGACUGACGACUUUGUGGAAUGUUACCACUCAGCCGAGAACCCGACAAACCUUGGCUCUCUUCUGCCCCCAUCAGGUGACUUAAACACAUUCCCGGAGCAGCACCUUACCGAAAGUGAAAACGACAGUGUAGUUCUCGUGAAACAUGAGGAAAAGCAACGUGAGAACGCUGUGCCGCUUGAUUCAAGGUGCAUGUUUGUCGUGGAAGAGGCCAACGGGCAGCUGUGGUCCAACCAGGCCAGAGACGCUGGAGAUCCAGGAUUCUCCUACACAGAACAACAGUUUGAGCCCGUUUCCUCCCUGUUCACGUCUCAGAGUGGUUUGCAUUUGAAUCAGUGUUCGUCUGACGACGUGGUGUUGCAGAUUCACUCAGAGAAACUGCCUUCUCUGGAGGCGGGUGCUGCACGAGCAAAAAAGCGUGUCAAAGUGUUUGGUUCUAAGCCACCUCAACCGGCGCACGUACUCAGCGGACACGAUGCUUCAUCCUCAGUUAACUCCACAGAUCAAAACUCAGUCCCGUUCGGUGAGCCUGCGCCGCCCACAGGGAAUGAAUGCCAGAAUCUGCUGGCGGCAAAUCCGACGGCAUCUGCUCCGAUAUUGUACGGGCACAGCCGAAGCAACUUCGGCGUGGCGAAAAGAAUGAGGACACCGUGGAGAUGCGGCGUGGGCGAGAAGCGAUUCGGCUGCACGUACUGCGACAAAAACUUCACCAGGUUCAGUCAGCUGAAGGAGCACCUGAGGAGUCACACAGGGGAGAAACCGUUCAGCUGCGCUCAGUGCGGUCGCAGCUUCACCAAGCACUGCAACCUGAUCCGGCACGCUGUGGUGCACAGCGGGGAGAAGCCCUACGGGUGCGCGCUGUGCGGCAAGUGCUUCACACAGCGCUCCAGUCUGACGUCCCACCAGAAGACCGCCCACUGAGUCCACGGUGCCUUAAAGGAACAAUACUUUGGUCCGUUAGCGUUUGUACAUAGA